UUUUCAUAUAGCGAUUGUAUCUUUUAUAAAAUACAUAAUAAAUUCCUUUAAGGUUUAUUAUCUACAAAAUACCAAAGAUUGAGAGAAGUACGGAUGAAAUAUUGAUGGCCGGACUGGGCUACACGUAUUUGGACAACGAAAACAUUGAUUGGAAAUAUCCUGGGAAAUUUAUUAAAGAUGAGGAUAACGCUUUAGCGUACACUAUGAAACAAUUGUAUGAUAAUAGUUUCUCAGAGGAUUUCAUGUUUCUAAGUUACAACGACGAAAGUCCUAAUGGAAAAGAACACGAAUCUAUGGGACACACAAAAGGUGUCUUGAUGUCCAAUAAAAGCACAGGGGCUUGGUUGAUACAUAGUUUACCCCGUUUUCCUGCCGCGGUUUCCCAAAAUAUGACAUCACCCAAUAAACUAGGCGGAUAUAUUUAUCCACCAAACGGAGCAUAUAAUGGACAAGUUUUUCUUUGUGUCUCCUUUGAUUAUUCUCAAAUUUUCACUAUAAGUCAGUUGAUAUACUAUGACACUCCUUACAUACACGACAAAAAUGUACCCGAUGAGUUUAUGGUAGGAAAUAAGUAUCUCAAAUGGCUGAGCCAAAAUAAGGAUAUUACGACGGAUAAGAAUCCACCUUGGACCUUAAUCAAGACCUUUCAUUCUUUGAGAAAUAAGACUCCUUUUGUUGCUUUUGCCAAAUACAAGAAAUUUGACGCCGAUAUAUACAGUGAUCUGAUAGCUCCUUAUUACCAAUCUAACCUGCUUUCUGAAACUUGGCAACAAGACACCAAACAUGCGCUAAACUCUUCUUGUUUUAGGCACCCAACUGUCCAAAAUAUCAAAGGAAUUUCUUUCAAUAUCAAUUCCAAUGAUAACAAAAUUUCUGAUUCUCAGAGGAACAUAUCUUUUUCCGAAUUCGUGGAUCAUUCCAAGUGGGCAGUAACUAACCCAAAAUCCUUUCCCGCCACCAGCAAAAUUCACAAAAAUUCCAAUAUUAAUAAACCAGUCGUAUGUAUCGGGGAUUUAAAUCGGGAAUUGCAUCAAGAAAAGAGAUCAGGGGGAAUGGUUUGCACAGAAAAUCUUCAGUUAUGGAAUUCUUUUAGACAGAUCAUCAACGAUAUAGAAGCUUGUCCUUUGCGAAGUGCUUAAAAUAGUGUUAAAACAUG